AUGUCAUCACUUCUUUGCUUGGGCAUGGAAGACAUCAAAAUCCCUUCCCCAUCUGCCAUCUUAGACCCUCAGCCCGCCAUUUCUCCAACCGGUGGACUUUCAAGGCCUCUCAAAUCUCCCACCACUAAAAAAUCGAUAUCAGGACAGACGGUCACAAAUGCUCCUAUCUCUGGAAAACCUAAGCAGUCAAAGAGCCGUAACGGUUGCAUCACUUGCAAGGCGAAGCGGUUAAAAUGCGACGAGUCAAAGCCAACUUGUUUUCAGUGCAAGAAACGAAAUGUGGAAUGUGGAGGAUACAAAAAAGACUUCAAGUGGCGCCCAUUCGAGGAAACUAACGUUGCGGGGAGGGUAUCGACGGCGAAGAGCAAAAAAGUCACCUCGUCUCCUCCUAACAGAAGAGCGAGCCUAAGUGUCUCAUCUUCUACCAUAGAGCACUCAGCAGCACAAGUAAAAGAUCAAACGGCUGCGUCGCAGUCGCUCCCCAUGGACACUAGUCAUUUUGUUCAAUCCCUUGCCCCUCAAUUAAGUGAUUCUUCAUGUCCGUUGAACAAGCGUCGCAGUACGCAGAAAAAUCUCUCAUUCUGCGCGACUAGUCUGUUGGAAAACACAGACUUGGGACACAUGGACGAGGACGUCUUUGUGCCACCUUUAGAAGAGAUUGUGCCGCCCGAUGAGUCUCCAUGGCCAUCGGAUAUCUCACUUCCCACCGCUGAGUUUGAUACAAGCCCCGGGGAGACCACCCUCGCGAUGCCCGGGGAGGAGACCCUCCAUGGAUCCGACGACUUUAGCUUCGCUGCCCUGCUAGAAGGGGAUGGUGAAGAUCUAGAAGCAAUCGUCCGACAGUCCGACCCAAGUAUGAGCCCAACCCUGUUCCAAUUCGCAGGGACCAGUGUGUCUCCACGGUCUGGAAAUACAGACAUCAGCCUUGGUCUAUUCAAAGAGCCUACAAUAUCUGCUAGUAGUCCUGAAAGGCUGAUUUUGCACUUCGACCGAUACACCUGCGGAAUACUAUCUGUGAAAGAUGGGGCCCAUGAAAAUCCGUGGCGGACCUUGAUCUGGCCCCUGGCUAAGGAUACGCCAGCCUUAUACCACGCAAUUUUUUCUCUGUCUGCCUUCCACUGCAGUAAGAAAAACCCUUCCUUGAGAGUUCACGGGAUGGAGCACAUGCGCCGGAGCAUCGCUUGUAUGGUGCAGGACAUCCAAAAUAUGAGAGCGGAUGCCGCUUUGGCCACAAGCCUAGCGCUCGCAUUUGCUGACACCUGGGACCGGGACACACGUUCAUGUAUUCAACACCUACGAGGAGCCAAAGCAUUGGUAUCACAAGUGGUGGGACUUGGAUUGCAAGCUGGUUUGUGUGCAGCCGAUCUAGACAGGAUCCGAUUCCUUUACAACACUUGGCUGUAUAUGGAUGUCAUUGCACGCUUAACCUCGUUGGAGGAAUCUGGGGAUCAAAAAGUUGAUCUAUCCAUCCUCCAGCUUCCCAAAGGCGCAUUAAUCCAACGAGUACGGAGGACUAAUUCCAACUCAAUAUCUCUCGUUUCGGAGGCGAUUGAGCUCAAAAGGCGUGUUGAGCAAUGGGAGCCUCCUGACUGGUUUGAACCACCGGAAGAUCCAACUUCCGAAGUACAACAUAGUUUACAGAUCGCACAUGCUUAUCGCUGGGCAACUAUUCUAUAUCUUCAUCAAGCUGUUCCGGAGAUGCCUUGUGAGCCGGCGUCAGAGCUCGCCAAGCGAGUGUUACUGCUGCUGGCCACGGUUCCACCGAGCUCCCGUACAACGAUUAUUCAAAUGUUUCCUCUCUUAGCCGCCGGAUGUGAAGCUGAUCAGGAGGAAGACCGGCAAUGGGUGCUAGGUCGAUGGGGAUCCAUCCAGACCCGUGUCAUGCUGGGUUCCAUCGAUCGCUGCAUAGACGUAGUCCAUGAAGUUUGGAUUCGUCGAGACCAGUUUGAGGCCGAAAAGCAGCGGCGACAGUUCCGAGCGACGGGUCGCUCCAAUUCCUUUGAUGAUCGGGAACCGGUUGGAAGAGAUGGAUUACCCUACGGGAACAUGGCACCUGGGGAUCUAAAUAAUCCGACUAGGUUUGCUAAAGAGUCAUACAGAAGACCAGCAGCUGAUGAGCGGGCGAUAUCCUCCCGGGGAACUGGGAACCCGCGGCGGAGUUCUGCGGUAUCUCCCCUGGAAAACAUCGAAUUUGAAAAGACCGUCAGGGGAAAAUUACAUUGGGUCAGUGUUAUGCAAGAAUGGGACUGGGAAGUAUUUCUUGGGUGAAAUCAACCCCGACAGAGAGAAACAUGGCCUCAGGCUUUCAUCACGCGGUUAUGAACGAUCCUGCGUCAUAACACGGCUACCGCCAAGGUUCUCGUGGUUUUUCGCACCUUGGGGGCGUUCCACGCGUGGCUGUGAAUGCUCUGUGCCAUGAUGUUUGGACGAGCAUUUCGAUUGCUCGUCGACCCGGUCCUCCAACCCGGGGGACGCGGGUCUGUUUCUAGCUAAAUAGCUGCGGAGGGAAGCCAGAUAUGGCUCUAGAUCGCUUGUUAUCGACACGGUAGCCAUUUUUGCCAAAGGGCGCAAGGGCUUUGUUCUUGUAUGAUUCAGUUUUCUGACGGCGUUUGCCUGUCUUGUAGCAACUGAGUGUUUACUAUCUGGUGUGCAAAUCAGCAUGGCGUUUGGCUAUUCCAGGAGAAGUUACGGACUUGGGCUUAAACACAGGUCGAGUGCGGAGCCUCGAGUUGCGAUGGCUAGGUUCUGGUGUUUUCCGGGCAUUGACGUGGAUUUUGGGUCGCUUGGUAGAAGCAAGCUCAGGGUUUUACGUUGCGAACACAAUGGCGCAUGGGAGAGAAUAGAUUUCUUUGGUGUCCAGAGGCGUGCUAGGCGAACAGAAAGGCCUGCUUUCCGUAUGGGAAAUGUCGUAAGCUAGUGGGCGCGGUUGGCUGCUGGGGUACGGGUCCCGCAGGAGGUAAUAAUAUAUCGUCAACUGGGAAGCAAAAGAAACGG